UAAUCAGAAAGUCCUAUUUGUAGUCAGUCGUGUGUGUCAGUCGACCAGUUGGAAUAUGUUUAUAAUGAGCCUGAAGUGGAUUUGUAUGACAGCUACAGUGUGGGUUGUACGUUGGCUAAUAAGUUAGCAAAGAAUUCAUGUUUGGGCUGCUGGUAAAAUUGUAACGUUACUCGGUCAGUUAACUGAGGCAGAAACACUUUGCGUAAUUCCCUGGACGUUUACUACAGUUCAUUUAAAUAUGGCGUACCAGUAACUAAAUAUAACACUUAGCAAGGUAACGUUAGCGUGAGCGAAUUAGCGGACACAGCAGCGGACAUCCACGGUGUGACUAGAAAGAGGAGGGCAUGAACUGCACCUUAGAUAAAGUCCUGGCAGAUGCCAAGUCGUUAGUGGAGAGGCUUCGUAACCAUGACAACGCAGCUGAGAUGUUAAUCGAACAGACAACAUCUCUUAACAAGCGAGUGGAGGCCAUGCAACAGUACCAGGAGGAGAUUGACUCGUUGAACCAGGUAGCUCGACAUCGUCCUCGUUCUAGUCUGGUCCUAGGAAUUCAACAGGAAAACCGGCAGAUCAGAGCGCUCCAACAGGAGAACAAAGAACUACGAACAUCGUUAGAUGAACACCAGUCUGCGUUGGAGCUCAUCAUGACCAAAUACAGAGAGCAGGUGUUCAGGCUGCUCAUGGCCAGCAAAAGAGACGACCCCACCAUCUUGACACAGCUGAAGGAGCAGCACACCACGGAAAUGCAAGCACACAUAGACAAGAUCAAUGAGAUGGCGUCUGUGAUGAGGAAGGCGAUAGAGGUGGACGAGGGACGAAUAUGUGAAGACGAGGAGAGGAUUAAACAGCUAGAGCUGGAGAACACUGGCCUCCGAGAGCUGCUGGGAAUCAGUCGCGAGGCUUUCCUGGUUCUGAAGAGAGAAGACGCAUCAGAGAGCACAUCGCUGUCGCCAUUGCUGACCAGCGCCGACGUCAGCUUACGGAAGAAUUAGUGUCCAUUGGUGACCACCCAGCCCCUCUCCCCUGCCGCUGCCACUAUUGUGUACAGUCUCUUGCCACAUACCACUUCAUCCUUCGCCCUACAGGUUCUGUCUACUCUCCCUUCUCCUGGAGCAUUUACAGCAUGAUUCUGCAAAGCUGCAUCCUCGGCUGGUGAUUUAGACACAAGCAGUGUGAAAGAUCGUUCUUUUUAUUUUUUGUUCGUACUUCUGUUAUGUUUGAUCAUUUUGACAGCAUGCAUGAGUCUUGGGUGCCUGCAAGGUUUUAAUGUAUGAAUGAGUAAAAGAAGGGCUUGAGUUGAAAUAAAUCUAAAAAGAUGUAAA